UUCUGCUUUGACGUCGUGACAUAUGAUCACAUAUCAUACUUUGGACUCAUGCAGGAGUGGCUGGUAUGCUGCCGAGUUGAGUGCUCGUGAGAGCACGUGGUUGCUCAGAGACACUGUAGUAUGCACAGAGCCUGGCAUCGCAGCAAAGGGGUUCACAGCGUCAAGUCGGAGCUUGUCCCCUCGCGCGUUGCAAGGCAUUCCAGGCUUGAUGACUGGGCGCAAUCGCAUACCGCAGCGCGACGUGGACCAGAACAUCCGACGAGUUCAACGCUCCACGGUUGGCUCUACCGUAGCUGUUGAGUACUGAAGUGGCUGAACAAGGGGCCCUGUGGCACAAUGAGACUACCAAGGCUGUAUCAAUACGGGAGGUCUUCGUACCUCCAACCCUAUCGAGGGUGCAUGCCGUUGGCCAAGCUACCAGCCAUUGUGU